ACAGGAGUUGGCUGGGGGAGGAUCCGGACUCUUUCUCAUCUACUCACAUCUUCUCGCGAUCCAAACGGAGUAAGACAAAGAAGUGCAGCGGUAAAUAGUCAUCAGUGACACUGACACAGUCGUGUUGAGUUCUUCAACCUCUCUCUCUCUCUCUCAAUCCCCAACAAUAUCCACCAACACCAACACCAACAAUGAAGGCCGUAGUGAUAAGCAAUCCAGGCGGCCCCGAAGUCCUGCAAAUACAAGAGGUGGAAGAUCCAGAAUUCGGAGACGACGAAGUCCUCAUCAGAGUCGAAGCCACAGCUCUCAACAGAGCCGACACUAUUCAACGCAAAGGCCUGUACCCUCCUCCCAAGGGCUCCAGUUCUUUUCUUGGUCUCGAAUGUUCUGGAACCAUCCAGGCCCUCGGCAAGAAUGUCACUUGCUGGAAAAUCGGUGAUCAGGUAUGUGCUCUUCUUAGUGGAGGAGGGUAUGCUGAGAAGGUGGCUGUACCAGCUGGACAAGCUCUUCCUGUUCCAGCUGGUGUUUCUCUUAAAGAUGCUGCUAGUUUGCCCGAAGUGGCAUGCACUGUUUGGUCAACUGUCUUUAUGAUGAGCCGGCUAUCCGCAGGAGAAACAUUCCUGAUACAUGGAGGCUCUAGUGGGAUUGGUACAUUUGCAAUCCAAAUAGCCAAAUACCAAGGAGCCAAAGUGUUUGUCACAGCAGGAAGUGAGGAAAAAUUAGCUGCUUGCAAGGAUCUUGGAGCUGACGUGUGCAUCAACUACAAGACUGAAGAUUUCGUUGCACGUGUGAAGGAAGAAACACAAGGGAAAGGUGUUGAUGUUAUAUUGGAUAGUGUUGGAGGACCCUACUUUCAGCGUAACAUAGACAGCCUAAACUUUGAUGGGAGACUUUUUAUUAUUGGUUUUAUGGGUGGAUCAGUAACAGAAGUAAAUCUUUCGGGUAUGCUGGCAAGGCGCCUCACAGUGCAAUCGGCUGGGUUGCGCUACAGAAGUCUAGAAAACAAAGCUGCAAUUGUGAGCGAAGUGGAGAAGAAUGUUUGGCCAGCAAUCGUGGCAGGCAAGGUCAAACCAGUUGUGUAUACAUAUCUUCCAUUAUCCGAAGCAGCAGAGAGUCACCGGCUUAUUGAAACUAGCAAGCAUAUCGGAAAAAUACUCCUUAUCCCAUGAUACAUUGGAUGAUCUUUGUGUAUCAAGUGAAUGAUGAAGUGAUUGUGUACCUCCUCAUGAGCAUACUGUAAUAGAACAUAAUUGUGUUAUUUGUUUAAGUAUGACAUUUCUAUUAGUUAUGAACUUCAUUUACAUUUUGUACUUGGUAUCUUUUGUUUUUGUUUUUAAAUGUGUUGGAAUCUUGGUUUGUAUGUGAUCAAGGGAAGAAUUUGAAACUUGCGAAGGGAAAUUGUAAGAUUUUA